UUGGCUAAAGACAGACGUAUCUUGAACAGCUGUGUAGUGUAAAUAUAUUGGACUACUAAAUAGGUUGUAGAAGCUAUUAUUUAAUACCCAAUUUAGUGGACUUGUAUAUGAAAUUGUAUGGAAUGGUAUGGAUGGCCCGUUUAGACUUCUACUGAAUACUGUAUGAACGGGGCAGAUAGUAGCAGACACACACCUGUUACAUGUGCAGACAUGCUACGCUCUCUCACAGUAUCCCUGAUGUUUUGUCGGUGGGCCCAGCCAUUCCACAGCAUGCAAUACUCCUCCGUCAGGCAGGCUGAGAACCCAUCCACUGUAAAUGCACUUUACAGCCUGUCAGUUGAUAUCUCAAAAAUCCGAAAGCUCAAGGGCUGGGUGCUGCACCAGAGUCCAGCUUAUGUGAUGGAGACUGUGACCAUGCUGAGAACCUUGGGGGCCAGAGACCUGCUGAUUACUCAAGUGCUUGAACACCACCCAGAGGCAAUCCUCUGCCCACCUGUACAUUUGGAGGCUCAAAAGGAACUGUGGAUGUCCAUCUGUUCCAGCCCCAGUGAUCUAAUUGGCAUCAUUGAAAAGUUCCCAGCCUCAUUUUUCACCUCAUCAUGCCAUAUUGAUCACCAAAGGGCCAACAUUGCAUUCUUCCAGAACCUUGGCCUUAAUAAACGUGUCAUUGCUAAGUUGAUGGCGAGUGCCCCACAGAACUUCAGAAAACCUGUUGAGCAGAACAAUGAGAUGGUCCAGGCCCUUCAAAAGACAUACUUGGAACUAGGAGGAAAUGAUGCCAAUAUGAAGGUCUGGCUGCAGAAGCUUCUGAGUCAGAACCCGUACGUGCUCAUGAGGUCUCCAGAAGUUAUGAGGAAUAACUUCAACUUCCUGAUUAAACAGGGCUUCACUAGCAGUGAGCUCCUUCAGCUUCUCUCCAAACUUAAAGGCUUUGUCACAGAGCUUCACCCAGAAUCAAUGGGUCUUACUUUGAAUUUCUCACAGGAAACACUGGGCUGCAGUGAUCAGCAACUUCGACAGAUUGUGCUGCAGUGCCCAGCAUUGCUAUACUACUCUGUACCCAGUUUGACAGACAGAUUGAAAUGCCUACUCAGUGCUGGAAUUAGCCUGCAGCAGAUCAUGCAGACACCCACAGUCCUGGAACUGACCACACAGAUAAUUCAGUAUCGCAUUCAGAAGCUGUGUUCUUAUGGUCAUGAUAUUAAGACGGGGAGCUUGGAGCUCCUCAAUGGCACCAAGAAAGACUUCGAAAUGAACUGUGGAAAAUUGCUUCUGAGGCGAGAGCGUCCACUCUUUAACCCAGUAGCACCUCUAAGGACAGAUGAGUGAGAUUUCCUGUUGUGAAAAGGUGCAUUAGACUUCUAAAUAGCAGAAUCUCAGUGUUAACUCCAUUUAUUGUCCUGCAUCUGGUGCUGAAUAACACAGCUAUGUAUAUAGGUUUGUACGUACUGUAGAUUAUGAUGACCCAAUUAUGACUCCUUAAAUCUGUGUUUUAAAGAAAGUAAUGUACAAAAUCAAUAAAUGGCCUUGUGUGUCAU